CAUAAUCAUGGCCGUAGUAUCUCUGGUUGCUUCUGUGGAUUCAGUUGGAACUUAUCAUUCUGCAUCUCUGCGAGUCAAUUUGAGGCCUCCAACUCCAGGAGUGGUGAGUCGAGGAAUUGCAUUGGAGGGUUUGUGUAGUAUAUUGGCUGGUCUUUGGGGUUCGGGAACUGGCUCGACCACCUUGACAGAAAACAUUCACACAAUUGACACAACAAAAGUGGCAAGUCGGAGGGUGGUGGAACUUGGAGCAGCUUUCAUGAUUCUCUUUUCCUUUAUGGGUAAAGCAACAAAGCAUUGA